GAAACAGUGAGACAGAAAGUCUAAGUCGGCGUUAACAUGCAGACAAGCUGAACGUGGCCGUUUCCUCAGCGGUCGGACUCAACAGAAAUGUGUUGUUAGGGUAGUAUGUUCGUGUUGGAGCACAGCUGUCGGCAAACCAGCUGUUUCGGCCAUUUUGGAGGCCUCCAUUUGCUUGGUCCUACUGCCUGGAGGAGGCCUGCGUGUGCUGGACCAUGAGUGGAAGUAACACCCACCCUGAGGGCAUCGAGGGUCCGGUCCAGGCUCCCUGUCAGGCCUUGUACCGCUGGCAUCAUUACAGGAAGCCUUGGCAGAGAUCUGACCCCCAGCCCGCUUCUGAGCAGCCAUUGGACAGAUACGAGUGGAGGACAUCUGCUCGCCUGGCACAGAGGGCGGCCAAGAUGUCCCCCCCUGAGGGCAAAGGGCACAGCACCGAGCCUCUUCACUUGCGGCUGCUCAGCUUACCGAGGUUCAGCACGGUUCCAGACAACAGGAGCAGAGAUCGGUCCCAGGAAGGCCCGUCGAGGCCUGGCUCUCUGCGCAGGAUCUUCCCCUACCUCAGGUCCAUGUCCGAGCCCGGUACAGGUAACGGCCCGGAGAAGACGGCGCUCAGGAAGGUGGGAUCAGACGCGGAUCGACAACCUCCGUCCGUCAGCGGCUUCUUCAGCUCGUUCUCUCGGAGGAUCAGCAGAAUUCUCAGGGACGAACCUGAAGCUGGUGGAGGAGAGUCUGAUGUCAAAGGUCCUCCCGCUCACCGUUUCUCCUGCGGUCAGAGUCCGUACACCGACAGUGGAGCCUGGGAGAGGAAGUUCUGCAUCCUGACCGACAGCCAGCUCAUCCUGCUCAACAGGGACGAUGAGGCUGCAGGGGAAGCUCAGGAGAGCCCCACUGACUCUGCGAAGGGUCGAAGUCUCCGCAGGACGGUCAGCGUCCCCUCAGAGGGACAGUUCCCAGAGUUUCAGGCAGAGGGCGCCGUCAUGCUAGAGGUGUCUUCAGAGCGAUCCCCGAGGAGGAGGAGUAUCUCUGGCCUGGGGAGUUCAGAGAAGACCGUCACCGUCGACAACCCGAACUCGUCGCCCUUUAAAGUCCCGGGGUUUUUCAGUAAACGUCUCAAAGGCUCCAUCAAGAGGACGAAGAGUCAGACCAAACUGGACAGGAACACCAGCUUCAGACUGCCCUCGCUGCGGCCCGCUGAACCUGACAGAUCUCGCGGGCUUCCCAACCUGAAGGAGUCGACCUCCCAUGAGUCUUUGCUGAGCCCGGGCAGCGCGGUGGAGGCUCUGGACCUGAGCAUGGAGGAGGACGUGUUCAUCAAACCUCUGCACAGCAGCAUCCUGGGACAGGAGUUCUGCUUCGAGGUGACGUACUCAGGCGGCAGCAAGUGUUUCAGCUGUACUUCGGCCUCAGAGCGAGACAAGUGGAUGGAAAACCUGAGGAGGACGAUUCAGCCCAACAAGUGUUUGUGCUCCCAGGACAACUGUCGCCGGGCGGAGAACCUGCUGCGGCUGUGGAUCAUCGAAGCCAAAGACCUGCCGCCCAAGAAGAAAUAUUUCUGCGAGCUGUGUCUGGACGACGUGCUGUACGCCCGGACCACCAGCAAGACCCGCCACGACAGCCUGUUCUGGGGCGAGUACUUCGACUUCUCCAGCCUGCCGCCCGUGCACAGCGUCACCGUGCACAUCUACCGAGACAUGGACAAGAAGAAGAAGAAAGACAAGAACAACUACGUGGGCCUGGUCAACAUCCCGGUGUCGGGCGUGACGGGCCGGCAGUUCGUGGAGAAGUGGUACCCGGUCAGCACGCCCACCACCAGCAAGGCCAAAGGAGGGGGGCCGUCGAUCCGCAUCAAGUCCCGCUUCCAGACCAUCUCCAUCCUGCCCAUGGAGCAGUACAAGGAAUUCGCAGAGUUCGUCACCAACAACUACACCAUGCUGUGCUCGGUGCUGGAGCCCGUCAUCAGCGUCAAGAACAAGGAGGAGAUGGCCUGUGCUCUGGUCCACAUCCUGCAGAGCACCGGCAGGGCAAAGGACUUUCUGACAGACCUGGUGAUGUCGGAGGUGGAUCGAUGUGCCGACCACGACGUCCUGAUCUUCAGGGAGAACACGUUGGCCACCAAGGCCAUCGAAGAGUAUCUGAAGCUGGUGGGACAGAAAUACCUGCACGAUGCGCUCGGUGAGUUCAUCAAAGCUCUGUACGAGUCGGAUGAGAACUGUGAGGUGGAUCCCAGCCGAUGCUCCAGCGGCGACCUGGCCGAACAUCAGAGUAACCUGAAGAUGUGCUGCGAGCUGGCUUUCUGCAAGAUCAUCAACUCCUACUGUGUGUUUCCUCGGGAGCUGAAGGAAGUGUUCGCGGCGUGGAAGCAGCAGUGCGUCGCCCGCGGACACCAGCAGGACAUCAGCAAGCGCCUGAUCAGUGCCUCGCUGUUCCUGCGCUUCCUCUGCCCCGCCAUCAUGUCGCCGUCGCUCUUCUACCUGAUGCAGGAAUAUCCUGACGACCGGACGUCCCGAACACUCACGCUCAUCGCCAAAGUCAUCCAGAACCUCGCCAACUUCACCAAGUUUGGAAACAAAGAGGAAUACAUGGCCUUUAUGAACGACUUCCUGGAGCACGAGUGGGCGGGGAUGAUGCGUUUCCUGUCUGAGAUCUCCAACCCGGAGACUCUGUCCAACACGCCGGGCUUCGAGGGUUACAUUGACCUCGGCCGCGAGCUGUCCGUCCUACACGCUCUGCUGUGGGAGGUCGUCUCUCAGCUCGACAAGGGUGAAAAUUCCUUCCUGCAGGCCACCGUAGCAAAGCUGGGCCCUCUGCCAAGGAUUCUGGGAGACAUUUCCCGCUGCCUGGCAGCUCCGACGCCAGUCCAGCAGCAGCUGCGACGUUUCCAGGACCACAGCUCCGCCCACAACAUCAGUGGCAGCCUGUCGUCAGGGUUACAGCGAAUCUUCGAGGACCCCGCCGACAGCCGCAGUGAGGUUCGCAGCCUGCAGUCUCUGGGCGGAGAUCGCGUGGAUGGUUAUGUUCGAGGUCAGCGCCCCCUGCUGGCUCAGCAGCACCCCUCCAUCCACAGCAGCUUCUCCGAUCAGGAGGAGCGAGACAACCUGCUGCCCAACGGUCGCAGCAUCUCUCUGGUCGACCUGCAGGACGCUCAGAGCCUGCAGGGCCCCGCGGGGCCGCCGCCGCACCAUGAGGCCCCGCCCCGCCUCAGCAGGGUGGGCUCCCAGGCCUCCAUCGGACACGGCCCGCCUCCGCUUAACUACCCCCACUCCAAACCCCUGACUCCCCAGCCGGCACCGCACCACAUCAAAGCCCCGCCCAGAGACGGUCAGCCGCAGAGUGCUCCACAGGUGAGGCGGCCGCUGCACCCCUCCCUCAGCCAGCAGCGCAGCCUGCAGCCGCUGUCCUUCCAGAACCCCGUCUACCACCUGAGUAACCCCGCCCACAGCCUGUCCACUCGCUCCACCCACUCGCUGCGGCAGGACUCCAGCUCAGAGAACCUGAGCACCGAGAGCUCGCACAACAGCCACAGCAACUCCGACGACUACGGCAGCCAGGUGGGGGUCAAAGGUCGAGUGCCGUCCAACAGCAGCCUGGAUGAGUUGGGCAGUAGGCGGAGCACGCAGAGUGAGGAGUGUUCGACGCCACGCCGCCAUGUGCUUCCCGACCUCCCACCCGGGGCUGCCACCGCAGUCGCCAUCCCCCGGCAGAGCACGACGGCGGGCACCGCCCACAUCAUCAAGGUGGAGCAGCAGAGCAGGGGAGGGGGCGGGGCCAGGACGCCGCGCUCCCUCCCACACAGCGCUUCACUGCGCAGCAGCAGCAGCGCCAACACCGAGCCGCCGCCCACCGCCGCCCAUGUCAACCGCCAACAGUCCACCUGCUCUAUGGAGAACAUGGCUCCACCCCAGAGGAGUGCCACCAAACAGCCGCAGCAGAAUCACACCGUCUCUGCUCAGGUGGCGUCUCCGGUGGAGGCCGUGGCGAUGUCUCCGGUGGAGAGGACGGCAGCCUGGGUCCUCAACAACGGCCAGUAUGAGGAGCAGGAGGAGGAGGGAGGAGAGCGGAGCAGAGAGGAGGGCAGGAACACUGAGAAGUACGAGCUGGAGAUCUCUCGGCUGAAGGAGCGCCUGCGCGUGUCCGGCCGGCGCCUGGAGGAGUAUGAGCGGCGGCUGCUGGCUCAGGAGCAGCAGAUGCAGAAGCUGCUGCUGGAAUAUAAAAACCGUCUGGAGGACAGCGAGGAGAGACUGAGGAGGCAGCAGGAGGAGAAAGACAGCCAGAUGAAGGGCAUCAUCUGCAGACUGAUGGCGGUGGAGGAGGAGUUGAAGCGGGACCAUGCAGAGAUGCAGGCGGUGAUUGAAGCCAAACAGAAAAUCAUCGACGCUCAGGUCAGUAACGGAUGUGAAAUAAACCAAUCAGGCAAGUAACCCCGCCCCCACGCCCCACGCUGUUUUUAGAGGAAGGCCGAGAACGAGAGCUGACACACCUCACACCUGUUCAGCCAAUCACAGAGCAGAUCAAAUUAGCUGACGCAGCUGCACAGGAAGUGUUCUUUCAGUGUAAAGUCCCCGCUUGGACAGAGCUGACCACGGUGCGGAAUCUAUUCAUGUUAUUUUAAAAUAAGAGCGCACCAUUAACCUCUAAUGAACAGAUGGUUGAGUGUUCUGGUCACUGUGCCUCAGAAGCAGCUGCUGGUGUGUUGGUGUGUUGUGCUCUGAGCUGGUUUUGUUUCUGUUUGGCUGCUGCCCCCUGCCCUCCCCUCUCUUCACCCCCGACACCCACACACCCCCUCUUCUAAACCACCAGAGCUUCCUCUUUUUCAAAAUAAAAGGCGACAGAAGGUUUAGAGUCGGCCUGUCAGAGGAGAUGAUGUUGGACCACCCGGGUCACCUCAGGUGUUUCUCCGUGGUCUGGGUUUGUGAGCAGGUGAAUCAGAGCUCAGCCGUUCACACUGAUUCCAGAUCAGAGUCCGACUUCCUGCUGGAAACCUGCAGCACUCAGCGGAGCUUCAGUCUCACUUUUUCCUUUUCCUUUUUCUUUUUUUUUUUUUUUUUGGCUGUUCAUGUUUUCGGCUGCUGCCCUCACACUUCCUGUGGACGUUUCUCACUUUAUCGCUGUCGGGUCGAAACCACGUCUCAAAGUUUGUCCAGUAAAAUGAAGGAACGUAGAUUUUAUGGCGUUUUAAAGGAAUAAUUAAUGGACCAUGAUACAUUCAGCAGCUUUAAUGGACAAUUUAAAGAGUUUUUCAGAAGCAACAUUUCUAAACAAUCCCUUAAUUUAUACCUGACAGUGGCUUUAAUUUCUCUAGUGAAAAUUCAGGGGAAUCGUUCAAGCUGUUAAAUCACAAAAAUAAUAAUUCUAAUCUUAAUGUAUGAUCCUUAAAGUGAUGGGGGACCUAACGUUUUAUUUUGUAGAUUUAAAUUACAAACAAAGUUUCCUGUUUAAACAGCAAAUUUAAAUUCACCUGACUGCACCUGAUGGUGUCAGGAUUUAUUCCCUAACGUCUGAUUAAUGAGCUGCUGAAAACACUUUAGAUCCCAAACAUAAACCAAAACCUCGAAGCUUUAAAAAACAUUGUAAAUGAACUCAUUUCAGUUUUUAAAUUCACUUUGUUUGUUUGUGAAGUUUUUUUUCCCCUUAAAACUUUCAAAAUUAAAGUGUUUUUAAGGGGUUUAGUUUUUCAAAUUAAAGGACACAAAGUAUCUGUGGCUUCAGAUGAAGGUGUUUUCUGGGGGGAAUUAAGGAUUAAUUAAGGGAUUAUGUUUUAGAUUUCAGAUUUUCAUUAAUCACAUUAGUCUGAUAAUGUGGUUUUAACCCGACGGUCAGAUUGUCACAAACCCUCCUUUUCUUUUCAUACCUGUCAGUCUGACUUCCUGUCUCGUCCUCUGGU